CCCCAAACCAGCCGAGCAGCCAAGGAGCGAUUCCCUAUAAGAGUUUGGGACCAAAGACAGGAGCAUGGAUCUUGGUACAGCUGAAGGCGCUCUAUGCCCCGACCCACCCUCAGGCAAACCCGCGAUGGCGGCCAAGCGCAAAGGCGGCCUGAAGCUCAAUGCCAUCUGCGCCAAGCUGAGCCGCCAGGUGGUGGAGCAGGGAGCGGAGGCCGACCCCCGGCCAGAAGGUGGCCAGGCUGAGCCGCUGCGGCCCCGGGACAAGGAGCGCGGCGCCGGCUCGGAGGCCGAGGUGCCCCAGACGCCUCGGAGCGAGGAGGACCGGCGGCGGGCUGUGAUCGAGAAGUGGGUCAAUGGGGAGUACAGCGAGGAGCCCGCGCCGGCCCCGUUGCUGGGGCGCAGCGUCCGAGAGGCCCUGGAGCUGCCCCCCGAGGGGGUCUACAUGGUGCAGCCCCAGGGGUGCAGCGACGAGGAGGACCGCGGAGAGGACGCCCGGGCCCCGGCUGCCCAGAGCGGCGGCUUCUUGGAAGAGCGGGGCGCCGACGGGCCGGCCCCCAAGGACGAGGGCGGGCACGGUGCCAAGCAGGCUUCAGGAGAAGCCUCCUCCCUCCGCGACUACGCCGCCACCACCAUGAACGAGUUCCUGGGCAUGUUCGGCUACGACGACCAGAACAUGAGGGACGAGCUGGCCCGCAAGGUCAGCUUCGAGAAGCUGCACGCCAGCACGGCCCCCGAGGCCGCCCCGGCGCCCCCCACCUCGGAGGAGAGCAAGCGGGCCGCCAGGUUCUCCAAGUACGAGGAGUACAUCCGCAAGCUCAAGGCGGGCGAGCAGCUGCCCUGGCCCAUCCACAGCGCCAAGGCGGAGGAGAGGCCGGCCAAGGAGGCCGGGCCGGGGCCGGGCCUGCGGCUGCCCGGCAGCACGGCCCACCUGGAGACCAAGGCCACCAUCCUGCCCCUGCCGUCGCACGGCGGCGCCCAGAUGCAGGGCCUCGUGGCCCGCGCCUCCAAGUACGACUUCUUCAUCCAGAAGCUGAAGACGGGCGAGAACGUGCGGCCCCAGAACGGCAACACGUACAAGAAGCCGUCCAAGUACGACCUGGAGAACGUCAAGUACCUGCACCUGUUCAAGCCCGGCGAGGGCAGCCCGGACAUGGGGGGCGCCAUCGCCUUCAAGACCGGCAAGGUGGGCCGGCCCUCCAAGUACGACGUGCGCAACAUCCAGAAGCUGGCCCCGGGCAAGGCGCCCCCCGCCCCCAGCCUGGCCCCCGCCGCCCUGGCCGGCACGCCCAGCGCCGCCCCGGCCGCCGGGCCCGAGCCCGCCGCCCCGGCCGCUGGGCCCGAGCCGCCCGGCCCCCUGCCUUUCAACACCCCCGACUACCUGAAGUCCACCUUCUCCAAGACAGACUCCAUCACGACCGGGACCGUCUCCACCGUCAAGAACGGAUUGCCCACAGAUAAACCAGCUGUCACCGAAGAUGUAAAUAUUUACCAGAAAUAUAUUGCCAGGUUCUCUGGCAGUCAGCACUGCGGCCACAUUCACUGUGCAUACCAGUACCGGGAACACUACCACUGCCUGGACCCCGAGUGCAACUAUCAGAGAUUCACCAGUAAGCAGGACGUGAUCCGUCACUACAACAUGCACAAGAAGAGAGACAACUCCCUGCAGCACGGCUUCAUGCGCUUCAGCCCCCUGGACGACUGCAGCGUCUACUACCACGGCUGUCACCUCAAUGGCAAGAGCACCCACUACCACUGCAUGCAGGUGGGCUGCAAUAAGGUCUACACGAGCACCUCAGACGUCAUGACCCACGAGAACUUCCACAAAAAGAACACUCAGCUCAUCAACGACGGCUUCCAGCGCUUCCGGGCCACUGAGGACUGCGGCACUGUGGACUGCCAGUUCUACGGGCAGAAAACCACUCACUUCCAUUGCAGGCGCCCCGGCUGCGCAUUCACGUUCAAGAACAAGUGCGACAUCGAGAAGCACAAGAGCUACCACAUCAAGGACGACGCGUACGCCAAGGACGGCUUCAAGAAGUUCUACAAGUACGAGGAGUGCAAGUACGAGGGCUGCGUGUACAGCAAGGCCACCAACCACUUCCACUGCAUCCGCGCCGGCUGCGGCUUCACCUUCACCUCCACCAGCCAGAUGACGUCGCACAAGCGCAAGCACGAGCGGCGCCACAUCCGCUCGUCGGGCGUGCUGGGGCUGCCGGCCUCGCUGCUGGGCGCCAAAGACAACGAGCAGGAGGAGUCCAGCAACGACGACCUCAUCGACUUCUCGGCCAUGAGCAGCAAGAACUCGAGCCUGAGCGCCUCCCCCACCAGCCAGCAGUCGUCCGCCUCGCUGGUGGCGCCCGACGCCCCUCCGGCCGCCGCGGCCAAGCCGCCCAACAGCAAGAUGUCCGGCCUGCUCUCCCAGGCUCUGCCCAGCAACCUCCCCCUGGCCCUGGCGCUCUCCAACUCGGGCAUGCCGGCCGCGGGGCCCUUCUUCCCCAUCCUGCCCGGGCGGGUGAGCACCCCAAUGCCCGUGGGCACCACCGGCCUGAUGGGCGCCGUGUCCUCCGGGGCCGGCGCGGCCGGGGCUCCCGACACACCCGCCCCGGCCGGCUCGGGCCCUGGCGAUGCCGUCCCGGCCUCCACCUCCACCUCGUCCCCGGCCCCCGCGGCCUCCAUCAUGGAGAGGAUCUCUGCCAGCAAGGGCCUCAUCUCCCCCAUGAUGGCCAGACUGGCCGCCGCUGCUCUCAAGCCGUCGACAGCCUUCGAAGCCGGGAAUGGGCAGCAGCCGCCUCAGCAGCAGGGCCCCCUGGGACGGUUCCCCCCGACCCAGGCGAAGCAGGACCCCGGGGAGAACGCCUCAGCGGCCUCCUCCUCCUCGGGCUCCCAGGAGACCUUGCAGGAUCGCAGUCUGGACCUCAGCGUGAAGGAGCACAGUAAUGAAUCAAAUGGCCACGCACUUGCAGCAAAUUCAUCUCUUUUAUCCUCGCUUAUGAAUAAGAUGUCCCAGGGCAACCCCAGCCUCGGAAGCCUGCUGAGCAUCAAGAAUGAGGCGGAAGGUGGCCCCGCUGGGGAUCCCUCUCCGUACCUGGGAAAGGCUGUGAAGAGCCUGGUUCAGGAGAAGCUGUCUGAGCCCUGGAAGGCGUACCUGCGCAGGUUUGGCACCAAGGACCUCUGCGAAAGCCACUGUGACUUCUUGCACAAAGUUCACUUCCACUGCGUGGUUGAAGAGUGUGGCGCCCUGUUCAGCACCCUGGAUGGGGCCAUCAAACAUGCCAACUUCCACUUCCGAACAGAGGGAGGAGCGGUAAAGGGGAAUGCUGAAGCGUCCUUUCCAAACACGGUGGCUGAGGCCAAGCCCUCGCUGACCCCAUCUUCGCCUCCGGCACCCUCGGUCACCACCACCGCGGCGGCGGCUGGCCUGGAGGUGCCCGCCCCCAGCCAGGCCGCCAUGCCCUCUGCCCCGACCCUGCUCGCCUGGAAGCAGCUGGCUUCCGCCAUCCCCCAGAUGCCUCAGAUUCCGUCAUCAGUGCCGGGCAUGGCCGCUUCGCCCUUGGCCACCACUUCUCUAGAAAACGCCAAGCCCCAAGUCAAACCCGGAUUCCUCCAGUUCCAGGAGAAGUGAGUCCCUCGGAUGAGCGGGGAGGGGUAGCCGGGUGGUCCCGGGCCCCCCCGAGACCCCCCGGGUUUCCCCUUCGGUGGAGCAGGGCCCUGUCUGUGUUUGGGCUUCGCCGGGGGCUGGUCAGUCAAGGUUUAUCCCUGGUCGAGAGGCUGCUGCUAACAUCCUUCCCUCCCGUCUCGGCUUCCCAUGGGAAGCAGGACUCCUGGACCGGCUCGUUUGGCGGCCAGAGCCUGUGCCCGGCCUAGCUGGGGCUGCUCGGGGUGCCUCGGGCGGAUCCCGGGGAUGGCGGUGCCCCACGUCCCCCCACCGUUUCCUCAUCUGCCGAUGGGUAGGACCGGACUAGAAGGCCUCUGAGGUCCCAUCCAACUCUAGGAAACUGGGCCUUGAGGGCUCGGCCAUGAGAUGUGGCCGCUUCCAAGGGGCCCUGGAAGCCGUGGCAGUCCGGCUCUCUGGGAGGGGGCAGAUGCAGGGAGAGGGGCCUCCCGCAGGUUGGCUCAGGCCUUUGGGGUGGUGCGGGGGGGGGUCCCCCUUCCCGGGGCAGCGGUGGCGGCAAGAACAGUGAUUGUACUUGGAUCUCUGCACCCGCGGCUUCCUGUUCUCAAUAAAACUAAUAAAUUGGAAGUAAACACACA